AUGUCUUUGCAAACUGGGGGUCUAUACAUCAUGCUCUUCGCGCGCGCCACACCCAAUGACUACCAUUGGGCGUUGUACCAUCAUACGCAACCUACCAAAGGGACCAAAUGGCACAUCAAGAAUAUAUGUGACAGUUGGAUGACGGACCAUAACGUCACCAGCAGCGCGGCCAAGGAAUUCUUGCUUAUGGGCUUCCUUCGCAUCGCUAAUGUGCAGCCAGACCGCGCAGAAGAGGUUGAUCAAUUGGCUAGGAGCAUACCCCAUACGACGGCAGGUGUUACCUGUCGAACCUGGGUCCUCGACGCCGUACGCAAGCUUGUGGCGGCAGGCAUUGUGCAGUGUAAUGAUAUAGACGGUUUGGAAGCCGAAGCAAAAGCGUUCGGUUACUCGCAGUUUGACGACACAAAUGCUAACAAGCAACCUCGCCCCGUUGUGGACUCCAAAGUAUGUGCGUUGUGA